CACUUUUAAUAUCCCCCUGACAGGAAGCCCUGCGGCUCCAACAGGAAAUGAGGAAAAAGAAGCAGGAAAUCCUGGAGAAACACAUCGAGACUCAGAAGCUGUUGAUCUGUAAACUGGAGAUGAACAAGACGAUGAAGGCAGAAGACAAGGCAGUGAUCAUGACGACGCUGGGAACACUCACCAAGAGUAUUACUAAACUACAGCAAGAGAUUAAGGGGAUCUCUAACCCGUCUGGAGUACGGGGGGCGCCCAAGAGCAAGGCUCAGGCUCAGAAGGAGUUGCUGGACACAGAACUGGACCUCUAUAAGAAGAUCCAGUCUGGAGAAGAUACCGUUCAGCUGAAGAUCAGAUACACACAACUACAGUUAGAGGCAGCUAAGAGGGGGAUCCUGGCUCCAGGGCGGGGCAGAGGGUCCCAUGCUAGAGGCCGUGGGGGCCUGAGGAGCAGGGGUAGGGGUAGGGGUGGCCGGGGUAGGGGUCUCCCUGUCCACUCUACGGUAGACCACAGACCUAAAGCCCUGGAGAUCUCUGGCUUUACUGAGACUGACCUCCAGGAUCUGCUGCCACACUUUGCUCAAUUUGGCGAGUUGGAGGAUUGUCAGAUAGAUGAGGCAUCCUGUCUGGCUGUCAUCACCUACAGGAGCCGACCAGAGGCUGAACAGGCGGCGCUGCACGGUGUUCGUCUGAACAGCUGUGAUCUGCGUCUGUCCUGGCACAAGCCUGCCGUCUUCCUGACCUCCCAGGAGCCUGAUGAGCAGGAGGCAGAUCAUGACGAGUUCCAGGAAGAGUCGCUGAUUGAUGAUGCGUUGCUCCAGGACGACGACGAGGAGGAUGACGACAACGAACCCCGCCCCUGGCGCAGAUGAAGACGGCACCUGAUUGGACAAAUGUUACCGCAAUUUUUAUUUUUUAUUUUUUUGCUUUGCAGUUUCUGAUUGGCUGUUUGUUUGUUUUUUUAAACUACUAGACGUAUUUCACAAUAGGUCAGAACCUAAACAGCUAAUUCAUUCUGUUGUGGCGAUUCAGAAGAUUACUAGACAAAGUCAUGUGGGAGUUUUAUGUAAAUAUAGUGUUUUGUUUUUCCCGCCUUUUUUUAUUUGUAAAAGUAGUUUAACAGGAAGAUUGGUAACAGUUUUAUUUUUUGUUUAUCGGGUUGAAAUGAAAUGAUACUAGAUUACUUUAGAAAAAAAUGUGGGCGUUGACUUGCUCAGAUAAAACCGAUGAUGUAAAGAGCCCAUGUUGAAACACUGUGCGAUGUUUAAAACGAUGAGAAAUUGCAGAAUGGUGAUUUUACUAAAUGACUGAAGAGUUUGACUGUGUGAUAUUAGGUGGCUUCUUGUGUAAAUAUUUUCCGUCUGGAUUUUAAUGAUUUGUAUGACAGCUUUGCUUCGGGAUUCUUUCUUGGGAUUUAUUUUGAAAUGUCAAAAAAAUAAAAAAUAAAGACUUCAAAUGGUCAAAAAAAAAAUCUGCUGCAAAAAAAAAAAA